AUUGAAACGAAGGUUACGUUGAAACCUCAACCGUGGCGCCGCCUCACUCUUCAGAAUGAGCUUCCUCCGCAGACUUCUGCCUCUGUGGAACCGCUACGCAUACACGCGACCAGCACAGCACUCCCCACCCCAUCGUUCGCGGCGACGUCGCGCCCGGCAGUUGCGCCAGCUUCGUGAAUGCCUCUACAUCGUGUUGUACGUUGUCCAGCUCCUGUACUACCUCUGGAGCAUCCCAUUCCGACUGGGCUUUAUCUUCGACCCGUACUAUGACGACUUCACACACACGAUCGACGCAGUUGUAUGGCCAUACAUCGUGCUGGACAUUGCAGCCGACUCGUUUGGCGCGGUCAACUUUUACUACUUUCUUCACGCUCGAGGGUUUCUCUCAGUGAUUGGCCGUGGUGCCACUGAAAGCGCACACAAUGGAAAGGCAUAUGGGCAUAACCAAGCCAGCUCCCGCCACGUAGCGCGACAUGGUGAAGACAACGUUGCUAGCAACAUGGCAGGCGGCGCCCCCCUCGUCCUGCCAUACAAGCACGGCCAUCCCCCUCAUGCGACAGCUGAGGGCAACGCCCCCGAAGACCGUGACGCGACAGUGUCAUUUCGCCACUUGAACUUCAUCACGAGCAUCUCGGCGCGCACAUUGACCCAUAUUCCGUCCCUGCAGCUUCUUCUCGAAGCCGUGGCGUUGCUGCCCAUCGAAGUGGUCGUGUAUUAUAUGUGGGGAUUCAAUGCCGUGCACGUUGCCCGCGUGGUCAAAUUACUCCGGCUGACCAAUCUCAAUCGCGCCGUGAGUGCGUUCAAAACGUACCUUGCGACGCACAACCUCCUCGUCCACCUGCACAACAUCGCCAAGGGCUUCUUGGUGAGCAUGGCGCUGUUCAACUUGGUCCUCUUCCACUGGAUUGGAUGUGGCUACAUGCUGAUGGCGCACCUCGAAUGCGGUCGUCACUUGGACCUGUGUACGUCUUCGUCCGCAGAGAGCGCCACGUCAUCCAGUAGCGCACAUCAUCGUGCCCUGUCAAGCUCCGAGGCGGCGGUCAUCACAGGAAAAACGUGCUGGGCGAUUGAAAAGCAACUGGCCGACCUCGACCUCUUCCCCCAGUACAUUCGCACGAUGCUCAUCGUGACGUACGGCGACGCCACGUCAUAUUCGUUUGCAGAGCGAUGCGUGUCCAUCGGCAUCCAACUCGCUCGCGCGCUCAUGAGUUGCGCCAUCAUCGGCAGUUUUGAAUUGGUUUAUGGCCAUCAAAACACAAACCGAUCGGCGUACAUUGCCCUUCUCGAGGACGCCAGGGAGUAUUCCAAGUCGCGAAAUUUGCCCGUGCAAUUGCGCAACAAGGUGCUGGGGUACUUUGACUAUUUCUGGCGCGUCCAACUGGGCAUUCUCGAAAACAACAUCGUCGCGAUGCUGCCGAUUCAUUUUCAAACGCAGUGCAUCGACGUGCUCAAGGCGCAAGUCAUCGCCAAGGUGCAUUUUCUAUCGGACGAACGACCCAACGUGAUUCAAAACCUCGCCACGUUGCUCACGUCCCAAGUGUACAUGCCACUGGAUUGGAUCACCAAGAACAUUCGCAUCCGGGAAAUGUACUUUAUCUCCCGCGGUCGUGUCGUGUUGGUCGACAACUUUGACAACAUCCAGUUCAAGUUGAACCAGGGCGACACGUUUGGGGACAUUUCCCUGUUUGUCGAAAAUGGAUUUGCGUAUAAGGCCCUCGCCGAAACAUUCUGCGAACUGUACCAGCUCAACCGGGACGUGUUUGAGACUGUCUUGAGCGCGUUUUACACGGACCAAGACGCGCUAGAAGCCAAGCGCAUGGCCAUGACGGCUGCGAUCGAGCAACGUGAGCACCAAUUGCUCAAAACCCAGAAAUUACUCGGCCAAAUGAUUUCGCUGCAAACGUUGCUCACCAACCACGACCGCAGCACCAGCAAGUGGACCCUUCCAAACUCAAAGUACGAUUAUGAUAUACGUAUAUACACGAUCAUCUGACGACACAUGUCCGUUUGCACCAAAAUGAUAUAUAUAUAUAUAUAUAUAUAUAUAUAUAUAUCAUGGUAGGUUUCGCACGAUUUGGUCGGCGUUGUUCCUGGCGUCGCUUGUGUACGUGGCGGUGGAAGUGCCGUACAAACUCAUCUUUUUCAACUCGCAAGACGUGACGGACUUCCUCCUCAACAAAUUAAACUACGCGAUGGCCAUGGGCAUUGAAAUCUUCCACGUGGCGCAUAUUGUGCUCAUGAUGCGGCACUUUGCCUUUGAAGACAAGUCGUCGAUCGUCAACACGGCGCCGGUCGUGGAUUCGGACUUGAUCUUUGCACGGUACAAAGAGUCGCGGGAUUUCUGGUGGGACUUGGCGGCCGUGGUGCCCAUCGCGCUGGUCGGCGACCUCAUUCCGCAAGCCACAGGCUCGUUUGUGCAAGUUCUGCGCACCGGACGGGUGCUGCGCCUGCUUCGCAUGCGAUACUUCCAAUCCGUCUUAUCCGAAGUGCUCGAAGCAUAUCACGUGAGCACGUCCAUGAAAACGGUGGUCUACUUGUCCCUGGGGGUGCUCUUGGUCACGCACAUCGCGGGAUGCUUUUGGUUCUUGGUGGCGGACCUCCAAGUACCCCGCGCUAUCGUUUACGGCACCGAGUGGGUUCGCAAUGACUUUACGAUCGAAAAAUGCAUGCACGACGGUGCGCAUUAUGCCAACUGCACGUGGUUUCUCUAUGACGCUGUGCACUACCCCCACAACGCCGAGUACCCCCGGUCGCUGUUUUGGUCGGUGAUGACCCUCACGUCGGUGGGCUACGGCGUGAUCUUUCCGUUCACGACCGCCGAGUGUGUGUACGCGUUUGCGUGGUUCUACGUCAGCGGGCUGAUCAACUUUGGAGUGAUCGGCGCGAUUUCAUCGGCGAUUGCGCAACUCAUGGCGAAUGAAAACCGCACACAGGACACGUUGCUGUUGAUCAAUCGGUUCAUGAAGUUCAAAGGCGUGAGUCCGACCGUGCAAACCGACAUUCGACGGUAUUACAAGAACCAAUGGGUGCGGGAAAAAGGUGUGAGCGAAGAACUGUUUCUGUCUGUUCUCCCCAACAACGUCCAGCACGAAAUCCUCACGUUUCUGCAUGCGAAUACGCUGCGCCACGUGAGCCUCUUCCACGACACGGGCGACGAAUGCAAACAAGUGAUCGCGUCGAUUAUUCGCCACGAAAGCUACCAGGCCGGCGGCAUCGUUCUUCGCGCAGGCGAUUUGGGCUGCGACCUGUACAUCCUUCGGUCAGGCAACGUCGAGCUGCGCACGCUCGAUAACACCCCCAUGCGCAUCUUGCACCCCGAGGACUGCUACGGCGAGUACAACUUUGUGCUGGAGGUACCGUACAAGUCGACGAUGCAGGCCAUGGCGUCCACGGAACUGAGUGUGCUCAGACGCAACGAGUUUGAACAAAUCAUCAAGUUCUUCCCCGACGAGUGGGACGACAUUUACCACCGCGCGCUGGCCGCGCAAGGGCAGGAAGAAUCGCUGUGGGCCCGCAUGAAAGCAAACAUGCGACGCGACAAACUGAUCAACUUGACUCGGCACAGUGUGACGUUGUACGUGACGCCGCCCCGGGAAACCGGCGUGAUUCCACCAGGCCAUCCGUUCCGGUUGGCGUGGACUGUGCUGUUGGCUGUGGCAAUUCUGUACAAUCUGUUUGUAGUCGUGUUUCGGUUGGCGUUUUUGCAGUAUCCGUCCGAUGCCACCAUGAGUGUGUUGUGGACGUCCAACUUGCUCUUUGACAGCGUGUACUUUGUCGACAUGUACCUCAACUACUGGCACUUUACCGUGGACCUGGACGGGUUUGUGCACUUGGACAUGGCCGAGUCACGCGCGUACUACCGCCAGAACCACUUUCGCCGCAACGUGUUGGCGAGUUUGCCCUUGUACUAUGUCGGCAACACGUACGCGAUGGCGCUGUGCCGCGUCCCUCGGCUCUUGCGCACGGCGGAACUGCCGGCGAUGGUCACCCGUUUCCAGCUGUGGAUCCAGGAAAACGUCGUGAGCGCCAAGCUCACGGCCUUUCUUCGCCUAGUGAAGCUGCUGCUGGUUCUCAUCGUCGUGGCCCACAUCACCGGCGCCAUCUACUACUUCCUCGGCGACCCCACCACUCACGAGCACGACGACGUCAACGUGAGCCACGAGUGGUUUGUCAUCGACUUGAUCAUCCGCCAUUACAAUGGCAACGCCCUCGUCGCGUACAUUCGGUCGUUUUAUUGGGCGCUUACCACCGUCACGGCGAUGGACUAUCGAGAUAUUCACCCGGCGAGCAAUGUCGAGACGUACUAUUCGUGCUUGGCGUGCUUUGCAGGGUUCUUCUUUGUGGGCCAGGUGAUUGGGCAGCUCACGUCGAUCAUUGUGCACAUGGACAAGAAAGCCAAUGAAUUCGAUGAACGCAUUGAAAACUUUGACGAGUACGCGCGGUCCCAGAACUUGCCGCGUUUUCUGCUCGAGCGGGGCCACCAGUACUUUCAGUACCAGUUCGACUGUACACGAGGCAUGGAGGCCGACGUGAUCUUCAGCGAACUGCCCCAUAGUUUACGCAUGAAACUCUUUUACGACUUGUACGGGCAUCGCUUGCGCGGCUUGACGCUUUUCCACGCCAUGGACGCAGCGACGCUCGCGAGCAUCGCCGAGCGGUUGAUUCCGGUGCUUUACCUUCCCCAUGACAACAUCAUCCUCGAAGGCGGGACCGGCGCCGCGCUGUACAUCAUGCACCAAGGCCGCGCCGAAAAGUACGUGCGUAAACACAACUUGGUGGUCGCGGCGGUGCACGAAGGCACAAUGUUCGGGGAGCUGGCUUUCUUCCUGCCCCACAUGACCCACGCAACAUCUGUUCGCGCGGUCACGUGCUGCGAGUUACUGCGACUGGAAAAAGCUGACUGGGUCAGUCUCUGGCCCGAAACCCGCCGGACAGCGAUGGAGGACGCGAUGACGUCUGAUUUGGACGGCAAACAUGCCUACCUGACCAUGGCCACGGCCAACAUUGUCAAGAAUCUCGUGGCCUCCAAAGGACCCAACCCCCACGUCAAAGUGCGCAAGCAGCUGCUGUCGCGUCUGCGCCGCAUGCCUACGUACGGUCGCACCAGCGCGAUCGUGUUCAAGAAGUUGGCGGCCAAGGCGUCGGUGAUCACGCCCGUUCGAGACAAGUUCAAACCGCAAAAGGACAAAUACUCCAAGGCAAACACGGCGACGACGAGGGUUCACCCCGUUCGGACCAACGAGCAGGACAAUGACUGGGGUGAAAAGACCAACCCGACGUUGAUCAAACCCAUGAAGAAACCCAAGCCCCACCGUAUCAUCAAGUCGAGUUUCAAGCCCAACAACGCCAACAACAGCGGCAAGUCGGCCAAACGCAUGCGUGCGCGACUCAACAGCGUCAAGAUGAUCUACGCAUCGGACUCGGCCACAUCGAAUCGGUCGAUUCAGUCCGUGACCGAGCGCAGCAGCGACAACGCUGCCCUAACCCUUGCCCAAGACCUGGGGUUCGAUGACGACGACGACGACGACGGGAGCGACGACGAGGUGCUGGACGACUCGAACGAGCACUUUCAACAGUUGAAUUUGCUCCGACGGGCGUAUAUCGGCGUACAGGAGAGAGUGGGCCCCGAAUUGCUGGAAAUGGCGUCGAUUUGGGGCGACUUGCAGUUGCCCCCCGAGUGGUCUCGUCCGCACUCGCACUUUCGAAAGACGUGGGACCUGUUCAUGUUGGCUGCGGUCAUGUACUAUAGCGUGGCUGUGCCUAUGCGCGCGAGCUUUAUCAUCCCGGAAUUGAUGGGAGCGGACGGCACAGAGUCCAAUUUCCCGCUGUGGCUCGGCGUCGAGUUUGUCGUGGAUAUGGUGUCCCUGAUUGACGUGUACUUUCGGUUCAACUACUUUUGCCAAGUGAUCGGCGGCGAAGUGUCGUCGGAGUUGCGACUUAUCCGGCACCACUACCGCACCAAAGGGGGGCUCUGGUUUGACGUGGUGGCCAUGCUUCCCUUGGAACUCGUGGGCAUUAUGAUCCAAGGCUACACGUACUCCGUGUCCACGUGGCGGUUCAACAAACUGCUGCGCCUGUACCACCUCGGGUCAUUGAACGCCAAGGCUCGCGACGCUGUGACAUUGCACUUCAAGUCGGUGGCGUGGCUGCCGCGGCUGUGGUCGUUUUGCAACAUCUGCGGCAUCUUCGUGCUCGUGGGCCAUUGGGUGUCGUGUUUGUGGUUUUACAUUUCCGUGGUCGGGGGCGACGCCAGCCUCGUGUUUUACGCUCACUCGUCCGAGUCGUUCGUGACCCCCCACGGCUACACCCCCGUGGACACACUCCAGUCGGCAUAUGUCAAGUCGUUCUAUUACGCCAUGACGUCCCUGACUAGCAUCACGUUUGGCGACAUCUACUCGACGUCGCUCGCUCAAACGAUCGCGACGAUUUUCAUCAUUUUCACGUCACUCACUGCCUACGGGGUGCUCACGGGGGGCUUUACCGAGAUCUUUGAAGUCGAGUUAAAAAAACGAGUCAAGUUUGAAGAGCAAACGGGCACCGUGUCCAUGUUCCUCAUGCACCGGCAGUUCCCCCGCCAAUUGACGAUUCAAAUCUUAGAGUACUUUCGCAACAUGUGGGAGCACUCCGAGGGCGUGGUCGAGUCGCAGGCGCUGGCUCCGCUGUCGUCCGCCCUCCGCGAAGACAUUGCCGUAUAUGUCAAGCGCGACUUGAUCACGAAAGUGCACUUGUUUUCCGACUGCGACCAAGACUUUACACGGGCGAUUGUGUCGGUCCUCCAGGCCGAGUUUUUCGUCGCCAAGGACGUGAUCAUCCGGGAAGGCGACUACGAUCGCAGCAUGUACUUUAUUCACACGGGGUUUGUGCUCGUAACCAACGCCGCAAAAAGUUACGAAGUGAUCAAACGCAAGGGCGACUUUUUUGGGGAAAUGUCGCUCCUCCACAACACGCCGCGGUCCGGCAGCUGCAGCGCCCUCUCCAACUGCGAUAUGUUCAUUCUCGACUAUGACUCGUACGAGUACGUGCUGGAGCGGUUCCCACGCUACCGUUCGAGGAACUUGCGGAAUUGGUGCGCCGUGCAUCUAUCGACGACCGAGCCAAGGGGGGACAACCUGCCCGCGACUUCCCACAACCACCAAGGAGGCGACUACCCGUUUGAAGAAAACAGUCAUCCCCCAGAAGAUGGACAAGAAGACCCCCCUCCCCCUGGGAAUGCGAUGCAACUGCAGUCGCUCUCUGACAUCGAACACAACGCCGAUGGUAGGAAUAAUUCGACACUAGACGAAGCAGCUGCGUUUGACGAGGAGCCGCUUCGUAUAAAGUCUCAAAUUCUAACCCGGGAAUCUGUGCUGCAUAUCGUGCACCCGCGCACGCAUCAUGCUGCAUCGGGCCAUCGCGAAGGGAUGAUCGGGUCGUCGUCGCACAUACCGCCGCCCUUGGUUUGGCAAUCCACGCCGUCCAAGUUGCGCAAAUCGCCUUCGUCGCAUGCUCUCGACGCUCGACGGCCGCUCUCAGCGUCCAAGUCGUUGAAGGAUUUGAACGACCCCUCGCCGUCGUUGAUGCCCAACGGCGGCGACCUCGACUCGUCUAUCGACGCUAGGCUCAUCACCAACAGCGGCGGCACGUUUACACGAAGGGCCACGUAUUCGCAGCUGACGAUGGACGCCGUUGCGAUGCGUCGGAUGUCGGCGAUGUGGAUGGAAGCACAAGCCAGCAGUCCGCGGGUCAUGCACCGGGCCGCGUCGUUACCGUUCCACGGCUUAACGAUGCCGCGCGACUCAACCACCCACGAAGUGGCCACAGUUGCCGCCAAGCAAAUGGCGGUCAAUAUCCUGCGACAUCGAGCCGUGCAUACUGCCGCGGCCACGUCGAGUUCGUCCACGUUGGAUGGCAUGACACGCCGGAUGAGCGUCGACAAAAUGACUCGGAGCACGCCGAGGUGAUUGAGGUUAUGGCCAUCCCCCCCCUCAUGGCAACUCCUUGUCAAAAUUCAUUGUGGGGGGACGCUGAGAGAUGGUAGAAUGUAGGGUGUAAGGCUAAGCAAUGCUGCUGUUUUGGACAGGUGUGUAUGUGUGUGCACUCUUUGUUCGUCUUGCAAGUGUGAUAUGUAUGUAAU